GCCCCAUCUACUGCGAGAAUGAAGACCAUUCUCAGCAAUCAGAUGGUUGACAUCCCAGAAAAUGUCGACAUCACUCUGAAGGGGCUCACAGUCAUUGUGAAGGGCCCCAGGGGAACCCUACGGAGGGACUUCAAUCACAUCAACGUAGAGCUGAGUCUUCUCGGAAAGAAAAAGAAGAGGCUCCGGGUUGACAAAUGGUGGGGUAACAGAAAGGAACUGGCCACGGUCAGAACCAUCUGCAGUCAUGUUCAGAACAUGAUCAAGGGUGUUACACUGGGCUUCCGCUACAAGAUGAGGUCUGUGUAUGCUCACUUCCCCAUCAACAUUGUUAUCCAGGAGAAUGGGUCUUUGGUUGAAAUCCGAAAUUUCCUGGGUGAAAAAUACAUCCGCAGGGUUCGAAUGAGGACAGGUGUUGCUUGUUCUGUCUUUUAAGCCCAAAAGGAUGAAUUAAU